AUGAGCUACGAUCUCAAGCAAUUUGAGGGUGGUGGCCCAGGGCCUUGCGUCGGCCCAAACUGUUGCAGCGAUUCGCACACUGAAACUGAGCCGGUCAUUCACCCACAGGAAAGCUUCUCCUCGUUCUUCCACGGCCAAGAGCGAACAGAGCAAUCCCGCGGAACUGUUGGCGAGUUCCGCGGCACCAAUGAUUUGGGAAGUGCAGGUCCCUCUAACAUUCCGUUGACACCCGCUCCUGUUACACCCAUAACUCCUGCCAUUCAUAGCAACAGAUGGCCCGACAGAGAGGCCGAGUUUUCUGCCACUCGACGCCGUCACGAUGGCCAUGAUGACCCUUACACGGCAAGUCAUGAUGCUAUGUUCCGCAGGCCCGAAGAUUCGAGCCAAAGUUGCCACCAGCAAGCCGACUCGGACUACGAGAGACAACUCGAGAGUCGUUAUGGCCCAAACCCUGGCUUCAAGAUUCGACAGCCCAGUCAUGAAACCUUUCACGGCAGAGACAUGGUGCGUAAUCGCGAGGGACCCGGUGCGCAUUCCUGUCGCCCUGGCCAGAGCAACCAUCUGCGACCAGAGGCGAUGUAUCGCAAUCCCAGCCCCGGCUACUUUCAGCCUCAGAAUCAGCAAGUCAGCCCCUAUAAGCCUGUGGUCCAACCUGACCAGCCUCGUGGAGUCUACAAUGAUGCAGAGGACUUCCUAAACGAGCGGUACGAUCGACGUGCUGAAGGUUCCCAGUACCCACCCAGCAAGCAAUUGCGCCCGGAGAGUGACAUGACGACCUUUACACAGUUCAUUGAGCCCGAUGUUUAUGCCAGCCGUCGUCAGGGCCUCCAUGGUGCACCAGACUAUCGGUCCAAUCAGGCUUCAUCACCUGCAUUUGCGUCUCAGCCUGGUGGUCCCAGCAAUGACUGGAAGGGCAGAGGUGACCUGGAAGCCGCUUUGAGAGGAGAGUAUCAUACAACAGACCCUAAAGGCAAGGGCAAGAUGCCAGCGAAGGGGCCUGCCCGUCUUCGUCCCCUCGAAACCUCACUCACAAACUACAGCGGAACCACUGCCGUCAACCGCGGCCCCAAGUUUGCUCCCGCCCCGGUCUCAUCGGUCUACAGUUCUGAUUCUGAUAGUGAUGCCGACUACGGCAUCACGACAAUUCCCGCCAAGCAGGCCGAUAACAUGGUGAACAUCCCCUUCGAUGGCUAUAACCGCAUCCAGAGGAACAAGGGUGCGCCUCAGCAGUACCUUGAGGGCAACGGCUGCGGACCAGCAAGGUACGUCGAUGUCCCCGGCACUGGUUCAGGUGCUUGGGCGCAACCCAAACCCCGCAAGAAGCCGCGACCCAUCAUCAAGCUUGGCGACGCUCGCGAUUUUGGCUAUUCAAAUCUCAUUGAGGAGAAAUGCGGCUGUGCGACCAUGAUCGAUUGUCGCCCAGAGCCGACACCUUUGACGGGCUACUUCAAGGAGAACGGGCUGCCUCCCCUUGAGCCGAAAAGCAAGAAGCUCUUUGGAGAGGGCGGCUGGUUGGAGAACACUGCAAGCCAGGCCAAACCAUCUGAUAAUUCGGCUGGGUUCAGAGAUGCCCUUGGCACUUUCUUCAAGAAGGCCAAAGACAUGGCGAAUGAGUUGAAGACCAACACCCAUGCUCGUUCUCAGAGCCAGACCUCCGCUACGUACAAUCCUCGGGUCAAGGUCAAUGCCCUGGUUGUGUCACUCCGACCCCGCGAGCAGGCUUUUGCCAUGAUGGAGGUCGAGGUCAAUGCCGUGACCUCACUCUCUGCCUUCAUCCACAAGCAGAAUCUAUUGAACCUUAUGGACCACAACAAGAUGAAGAAGAUUGAGGACAUGUGGGUCGCAAAGGGAAACAUGAAGCCAACUUACUACCGCUACAACUUCCGUACCCAGAUCGACAUCCUCAUUGCACAUGUCGACAAGUUCCGCUUCCACGGCCCGUCCCAGAACAAUCCGGCCGUCAUUGCUGGUAUCUUGCACUCUGCCAAGCAGAACGCCCGCAGCAUCAUGGUCCGGGCUUGCGGCCAACCUGACUCUGUCAUUGCCAAGCAGAUCAUCGACUGCCAGAUCCUGCUGGAGCUCAUUGAUGCGUCUCCUGAAGCCCAAAGUGCCGUGAUGGAGGUAGCCUACUACUUCAACAUCAUCGUUGAGCGUGAGGCCACGAUCCGCGAGGCCGAAUGCAUCAAACGCGAGGAGCAUCACCAAGUGCUCGAGCGGCAGCGCCAGAUUCUGAAGGAAACCCCUGCGACUAAACAGGCCAAGGUCUAUAAGAGCUUUGUUGACCCUUGCGAGCGUGUCGCCACCGGACCAUACUUUGAGAACAACGGCAAGGCUGGAGUCAUUACCGCUGAAGAGUUUGAUGAGGCUGUCAUCAAGGCUGGCCGUGAAGCCGAGGCUCAGUCGUUCAUGAUGCGCAAGACUGUCGAGGCUCGCGAGAAGGGCAUCUUCAGCGACUCUGCUGACACAACUCUCGCGCCUGGUGCUGACUUGACCAAGCUGGGUGAAAAGGACUUCUCUGCCUCCAAGGCUGAUCUGCUUACCGGUUCUGCUGCGGAUGACGCUCAGACGCUCAAGACUGCCGCUGCUAUUCCCAGCAAUGCUGCCGGUGAUGAGCUUCCCCGGCCCAAUGGAAUGUACUUGGACAGUGGUCGCAACCUCAGCAACCCCAGAAUCUUCGACUUCUCAUUCAACUCGAGCAGUCCCGACAUGACAAGCAGCAAGUUGCGCGAAAACGGUGCCCUACUCAGCAAUAACCACAACAACAGCAGCGCGCUCUCGCUGCCUUGCGACAACAAUGCCAUUACUACUCCCAGUCCUGGUCGGACCCGUGGGAACUACAGCAGUUCAGGUCCCGCUACCAACGCUUCUCCCCUCGCAGAUGACGAUGGGUUCACCGAGAUCCCCCUCUACGGUGUCAGCUCUCACGGCGGCAGUAUCAACAACCGACCUGCUGUCUCCUCGUCGCUGCGUCAGGAGUACACCUUUGAUGAUUUCGAUGCCGCCCAUGACGAUGCUCACAAUGCUGUCGGCCACGACUCCCUGAGAGGUCGUGAUGUGGCGCCCGAGCAAGAGGCCCCCUCCCCGAACCGGUUCAUGAAAGUUGCACGCCGGAUCGCGUCGCGCAAGAACCUGCGUUAA